UUGUGUGGGCAGACCAGGUCGGCAUCCAGGUCCAGGCCCGCCACAUAACUACCAUUGUAUUUCCACACAUUGCCUUUGAUAAAUUUUGCCUGAAUGCCCUUUUAAUAGCUGAAGCUCAAAAUGAGGGAAGUGCCACACAAGGGGCAUAUUACAAAGUUGCACACAGAGCUUUUGGAUGUGACAGAGACGAUUCAAUCCUAACAAGCACAAAUUCUAUCCGCCAGGCACUGCAGAAACGACAUGCUGGCGGUGGUGAUGAUAAUAAUGACAACAACAAUGACACCAAUGAUGACAAUCAUGACAGUCAUGAUGACAAUGGUGCCAAUGAUCAUAAUGUUGAUGAUGAGUGGAGGUACCGAUGAUGACAACGAGAAUGGCGAAGUUGAUGAUGAUGGUGACGAUGAUGAUGAUGAUGAUGAUGACAACAAGAAAGGCGAUGUCAAUGACGAUGAUAAUGCUGCUACUGCUGCUGCUGCUGCUGAUGAUGAUGAUGAUGAUGACGAUGACAACGACGAUGAUGACGAUGAUGACGAUGAUAACAGUGAUAUUGACAAUAAAUGAAUGAUGGUCAUGGUGAUGGUGAUGAUGAUGACGAUGAUGACACGACAGCAAUGAUUAGAAAUUAGAAUGACAAAAAUGCGAAAAAAUGAUGACAACACUGACGACGAGGGCUACGUGAUUAUAACGAUGAACUCAUCAUGCCGACGACGAUGAGGAUGAGGACGAUGAGGAUGAUGACAAAGGUUUGUCUCUUCUCACCUGAGGGCUUGUGACCUAGAUGCAUGCACUGGCAGCAGGUGCAAGACUGUUCCAUUCUUGCAGUAGACAACGUGUGUCCUCAAGCCUCUUGAACGU